GGACGCUGACGCCCUGGACGGUCUUCUGACAGCGCUUCCGGGGCGGGGACCCGCAAAAGAGCCCGGAUUGAGAGCCGGGCGGCCGCCACAGCGAUGGCAAUUUUUAGUGUGUUUGUGGUAAACAAAGCUGGCGGCCUGAUUUAUCACCACGACAGCUACGCGCCGCGGGCUGAGGCUGAGAAAACUUUCAGUUACCCGCUGGAUCUGCUGCUCAAGCUGCACGACGAGCGAGUGCUGGUUGCUUUCGGCCAACGGGACGGCAUCCGGGUGGGCCACGCAGUGCUGGCUAUCAAUGGCACGGACGUGAACGGCAAGUACACGUACGACGGGAAAGAGGUGCUGGAGUAUCUGGGCAACCCUGCCAACUACCCGGUGUCCAUUCGCUUCGGCCGGCCCCGCCUCACCUCCAAUGAGAAGCUCAUGCUGGCCUCCAUGUUCCACUCGCUCUUUGCCAUUGGCUCCCAGCUGUCUCCUGAACAGGGAAGCUCUGGUAUUGAGAUGCUGGAGACAGACACAUUCAAACUGCACUGCUUCCAGACACUGACAGGGAUCAAGUUUGUGGUGCUGGCAGAUCCUAGGCAAGCUGGAAUCGAUUCUCUUCUCCGAAAAAUUUAUGAGAUUUACUCAGAUUUUGCCCUCAAGAAUCCAUUCUACUCUUUGGAAAUGCCCAUCAGGUGUGAGCUGUUUGACCAAAACCUGAAGCUAGCUCUGGAAGUAGCAGAAAAGGCUGGGACGUUUGGACCAGGGUCAUAAGCUAAACCUGCAUUGGACUUCCAAAGCGAGGUCAGUCUUAUAGCAGAGGCGCUGCUAUUUCUCCUCCCGCCAGCAGCCUUGCUAGUGUACUUGAAAUGGAGAACGCAGAGUCUGGUGACACAUACUGAUCCCUGAGCCUUAACUCUGUGCUCUCCCUUUUAUAUAUAUCGUGGUCCUACUUCCCAACUCUGUACAGAUUUAUUUAUGGAGGCAGUAGGCCCAUAAGUGCUGUAAUAAACAUUCCUUUGACCCAGUG